CGAGGAGGUUGGAACUUUCAUUCAGUCUGCUUUAAGUCUCUAACGUUAGACCAAACAAAUCAUUGCUCUCCUUCCCUGACGUUUAAACAUGUCUACCCAAAGCCAUGCCGACACCCACACCGGAAAAUGUCUAUGCGGAGGAAUCACUUUCACAGUUCAAGGCCCGCCGAACGCCGUUUACUGCUGCUACUGUAAAGACUGUAGCUUAGGCGCCGGGGGACCCUGCCAGAUAACAGCAAGUUACCCUUCAUCCGAGUUCACAUUACAAGAUGCAGAUGGCCUAGCUACCAGAUUCGCAAUCCCCGGGACUGUCAGUGGAAAGCCAAAGGAUAAGUACUUCUGCAGGCGCUGUGGAUGUACUCUAUUCACGAUUCCGUUUGCUGUGGGCCUGAAGGAGAUUGUUAUUCGGCCGGCUUUGGUUGAGAAUGGGUUACAUAUAUUCAGGCCGUCUAUUGAAUGUUUUGCUGAACGACGCCCGGAGUAUUUUUCUGCUUGUGAGAAUGCUGUGCAGUAUCAGACGUCUUGAGUGCUAUACCAAGUAUAUUUGCAAUUCCUUGGCUUCGUUAUGGCUUUAUAUGCCUCUGAAAAAAAU